CCCAGAUUCACCCUGACCCUUGACCCUUGGGCUGGCUUGGACAGAGGGAACGAGCCAUGGAGGACCGAUCGUUGCAGUGUUUGGGUGGCAACAAACCGCACCUGGAGAAACUAACUCUGGGGGUCGCCCGUAUCCUGGAAGCUUCCCCAGGAGUGACCGGGGUGUCAGUUGUGGAACGGGAACCUGCUGACAUUGGAAUGAUUACUGCUUGGGAACAAGAAAAUGAUUGUAUCCUGCCAGAUGAUUUAAGGAAUUUUUACCUGAUGACAAAUGGCUUCCAUAUGCUGUGGAAUGUGAAACUAGAUAAUUAUCCCGUCCCAUUGGGCAGCCUGAUGAUUAACAGCCUCAUGAAGCUGAACCAGCUCCACCAGUCAUCCGUUUAUUUGCUUCCCAAUUCACCAAGUCUUGGGGACCUGGAAGAAGAUGAGGAUGAAGUGUUUGUACCUAAUGGAGAUGACCCCGAGAAGCCACACUUUGAUUCUAGAAAUAGGAUUUUUGAACUGGAUUCCUGCAGUGGGAAUGGGAAAGUCUGCCUUGUUUAUAAAAGAGAUAAACCAGCUCCCCAAGAUUCUGAGAUCUGGUUUCUUGAUAGAGCUUUAUACUGGCAUUUUCUCAGUGAUUCCUUUACUACCUACUAUCGGCUACUGAUCACUCACCUGGGCCUGCCCCAGUGGCAGUAUGCCUUCACCAGCUAUGGCAUUAGCCCACAGGCCAAGCAAUGGUUCAACAUGUACAAACCCAUCACCUACAACACAGCUGUUCUUGCUGAAGACGAUGGCAUCUUCAUGAACAAGUUGGACCCCAGCAAGGUAUUCAAGAGCAAGAGCAAGACCUUAGUCUCUAAAAAGAGGUCAUCUCUACAGAGCUCAAGCUCCCAAAGAGGUUCAUCAGCUUCUCCAGUCAUCAAGUCAUCCCCUAUCCCUGGAAACUCUAUCCGGAAAUAAGUAUUUCCUGCCCCCACCCCAAUCCCAAGCCCCCUCCCCCCCUUCUGGCUCUUUCAGCCUUCAGGACUCCCCAUGAAUGAAUGAAUAGCUGUAGGACCAAGAUGGUGGUACUGUGGAUCUCACUGACUGUGUACUUAUAAUCAAAGGAAUUUUUUCAUCAGAACUGGAGAAGUUCAAGCCACAUAUCUGAGAGACAAAUCUGAAUUUAUAAAAUAGCAAAUGGAAUAAUUACAUUGUUCCUGCUACCUAAAUGCAAUUUUGGGCCCUGUUGGGCAGUAGGUCCGGCAUCAUCCCUCCACACUCCAAGCCCCAUCACACAUAUACACACAUGUCCACGUACUGAGUUUCCCCCUGACAGUUAUGAUCCUUUUGUAAGGGUGUCCUAACAUUUCCCUUCCAAGAAAAACCUAACAUAAGUACAUUUGUGCUUUAUUUGUUGCAAUCACCUCUAAAACACCUCAUUUUACUCUUUGCUGCCUUUGUUGUUGGCCUUCCAAUUGUUUUAUGUUAGCAUUCAAAUUUCUGUCCAGUUGCCAAUGUUACAUUUUUUUUCCUGGCUUUUUAAAGAAAGGAGGCAACACUUGCACUUUUCUUUUAGGUGUUGCCAUAAAUCCACCUGAAACUAUGUUUUAUGACUCCACAUGAGAAAUGAUGCUGAAAACAAUUAAUAGGUCACUAAUGAUACUAACAACAUGGAAUUGCCAAAACUUCAAACUGGUAACAGAAUAUCCCUCUUAUUGUGAGUUCUUUCCUCUAAACUUAUUAAGUCAACAAACUAUCCAAAUGAACAAAAGAAUAAAAAAUGUGUAAGUAAA